AUGGCACACAGCCUGAAAGAAAUGUUAGUGACAGGGUUGACGUCUAGUCCUAAAUACAUUCCCCACUGGUAUAUCUACGACGAUGUUGGGUCGAUGAUCCAGUACAAAACUGUCACAGAACCUCCGGACUACUAUUUAACCAGGAGUGAGAGGUCACUUCUGGAGCAGAAUGUACAGGAUAUUAUUCCAUGGAAUAAAUACGAUCUGACCUUGGUUGACCUCGGAAGCGGAAAUUGUUCUAAAACGAGACUUGUAAUAGACGAACUGCUGAAAAGACAGAAAACACUAACGUUUUAUCCAGUGGACAUUUCUAAAGAGUUUUUGAUGAGGGCAGUAAAGUCCUUGUCAGGGGAAUACGGCGACUCACUCGUACUUCAACCCAUAGCUGCUGACUACGCACAGGGAAUACAGCAAUUGAAAGGUAAAGAAGGGGUUAAGGUCAUUCUGUGGUUAAGUGCCAUUCUCAAUCUACCGUACGAUGACCAGGUGAAUACUCUUAGGCUGAUAUCUACCAUAUUGACAGACAAAUGUAGACUCAUAUUCAGUGCUGACGUCACACAAGACAGGGAGACUAUCAUUAAGGCCUACAAUGAUGAUGCAGGGUUAAUACGAGCUUUCAAUCAACAUGCAAUUGAACGGUUAAAUAAAGAGGAAAGAAGUGAUAUCGACCUUACCAAGUUCACGUAUGAGCUAGAUUUCAUAUCUGACAACGAUCCCCAGUACAUGAGUUACACCAGGGUCUACAUAGAGGCCAAAGAAGCCAUCCGGUACCCGAUACCUGGACUUGGCAUUCACCUGCAGAUGGAUAAGGGAGAGCGACUUUACUUUCACAAAGGCGAUGGAUUCAGCUGUAAAUACACAAUGGAGCAGCUACGAAACACUGUCGAGAAAGCUGGACUCCGCCUGGGGGGUACUUGGAUAGAUGAAAAGCAGCACGUCGUUUUCUGUCAGGUUGUGAAGGUAUAA